AUGCCAAUUUCUAUUACAAAACGUAAGCAAGUAAAUUUUGACGCUAAAAAUUCGAACGAAAAAUCUGAAAUAUUUUUGCAAAAUGAUGCAUUUCCAGGCUUCAGUAACAACAUCAUUAGUACCAAUAAGACCAACAUCAAUAACAACAACGACUUUAGUAACAACAUAAGUAAUAGCAACAUUAAUAACAGAAACAUUAUUUUCAACAGCUCCAGCAUGAACGUUUCUAAUAGCAAGACUGUGAGUAAUAACAUUAGUAGCAAUUACUUCAGCACCAGUCAUCAUGAUUUCUACAACUGCAAUGAAAGCAACGUUGUUUUAAGCACAUAUUAUGAAAAUAUAAAUGAAAACACUAACCUCAAUAAUGUUGCGAGAAGUAGCAGCAUUAACAACAUCAGCAGCAUUGACCAAAAACUCAUCAACAGCAACAUCAACAACAACAUUAACAAUAACAUCAACAGUAACAACGUUAACGACAACAUUAACUAUAACAUUAACAACAAUAUUAACAACAACAUUAACAACAACGUUAACAACAUUAUCAAUGUCAAUAUUACCAACAAUGUUAUCAACAACAGCUUUAGCAACACAAGCUACACACCAGCGUCAUGCAAUUCUUCUUCAUCCUCAUCCAAUUAUUUUCAGUUUCCAACAUCUAAUGAUGAUAUCACCGAGUCUUCAACCGUUUUAUUUAACAACAACUCUGAGUUUCUUCAUAAAAAAUACCCGCCAACCUCACCUUUUUUGACAGUUCAGUCUCGUCCGAGAACUCCAUUCACACCUGUCGGAAUGGCCAGAUCAUCGUGCCGACAACAAUAUUACGUUCAAAAUGGCGAAGAAAGUCCGCUGACACCCACGUUGAGGCACAACAAUAAAACUUCUUAUCAUCCUUAUAUGUCUACUCCAUAUAGCUUCAGAUACCAACAACAUUUCAAACAACAACAACAGCAUCAACAUCACAACUUUUCAUCAUCUUCAAAAGAUACUUGCACAACUGUUGUUGAAGAACUAAAAAUCGAAUCAGAUUUUAAAGAAAGCUUAAACAUGUUUGAAAAGAAAGACUUCCUCGAUGAUUCUCACAAUUCAUCAAUCACCCCUAGUAAUAAUUUUAAUUUGAACAUCAAGGACGUUAAUCUAUCUAUGGAUAGCGUGGACGAUCUCAACAGUUUUAACAUGUGCGAGGAUAAUAUCGAUCCUUUGUUCACAGUUGACAACUCUCACAACAGCAACAAUCAUUCUGACAAAAAGUUAAAAAACAUUGAAUUUAACUACCUAAACACCAAUCAGUUUUGUUCCUCGUUCAUCGAUGAUUACAUUAAUGACAAAAAUAAUGACACACAACCGAGACAACAUAUUCAAGAACAAAAACACGAAGACAAGUUUUUUCUAUCCCCGUGUCAACAACUAUCUUACCAGUUGCAAACAUUUGAAAAAUCUCUGUCAACAAAGUCAAAUAAAACUACAUCACCUACAUUAUUAAAUACUCAGAGGUUGCCAAAUUAUUCAAGUGAAUCUUUAUUUGUGACCAGUCUUGAUGUGGACCGUAGGACUACAAGCUCAUUAUUUGGCUUCAGUAACAACGACAUCAAUAAAUGUUGUAUUUCUGAUGUCGAAAUGCCUUCAAACAACCAACAAAAUGAAUUGACUGCUGAAGACAUUUCGAUAAACAUUUAUAACACUCAUACAAAAAAGAACAAAGUUGACAUGAACAAUAUCAACUACAACAAUACCAACAUCUCUGCUUGCCACAUUGAUAAUAUUGAUUCUAUCAACUCAAACAAAAACACAACGUGUCGAGAAAAGAAGAAGAGGAAGAAGCCAGACCCUUUGUGGAUACCAGCUAAUGUGAACAACUUUUCAGACGGUGGCGGUGGUUGUUAUAUUGAACAAUCUCCUUAUCACAACUACAACAUCAACAAUCAUAUAAAGACUAGCAGCUGCACUGUCAACAGUAACAAUUAUAAUUACAACAACAACAUUGUGGAUAACAUUAUUUUAAAAGUUGCAAGUGGUGCUAGCAAUACAGUUGAUGAUGUUUUGGACAAAAAUCAAUGCAACGAAAACUUUGGCUUGUGCAACGACGUUGGUACUAUAAACGGUUACAAUGAUAUCAGCAACAUCAAUUCUAACAGAAUUAGUAAAAACUUAUUUGGCUUGGAACGACCAAAUAAUCCAAUGCUAUCGACGUCAUCAUUGACAUUGCCAUCACUGACGUCUCCGUCGCCAUAUUUCCUGAAAAGUUCCUGGCCUAAAGCACCACCUCCCUCUUAUCAUUCACAAGCUACAUCAUACAAUUUUCAUAAUUCUAAUUCAUAUGAACAUUUCAACGAUAAACAUGGCCCUAGCAACAAUAUAAACAACCAUGCAGACAGCUUUGGUAACAUUGGUCCAAAUAUAAAUAAAACCCGUGAAGUCAAUAACGCUACUACCAACAUGCACAGCAGCGACAUUAGAAAGUACACUAAUCAAAAUAUUUUUGGCAACAGCAGUGUUGUUGGUAGUAAUUUCAAACUAAACCCCAACAAUAACAACAACCUGAACUUCCUUGGAGCGAGCAGUGACUCAAUCAAUAGCACGAAUUAUUUUUCCAUUAACCAUGACAACCUUAUUAUUAACGACAAUAACACCACUCACAACAACGUCAUCAACAGCAGCAUAUAUUGCAACAACAACACAUAUUGCAACAACAUCAUUAACAGCAACAACCUCCGUCAUCGCAACAUUACGAACAACAUCAACGCAAACUUUUAUUCUUAUUUAAGAUCUCCGCCUAUGUCAGCACCGCCACUUAUAGAGAAUAACUCUGAAGAUUUUUUCAAUCAUCGAUCGUUUUUUUAA